CUUCAGUUGAUCUGCCAUUUUUCAGGACAUAAAAAUCUGGAGCAGAAGGCCUAAUGCAACAUGUCUUCGAAUUCGGAAAUCCUUCACUUCAAGUUUUCAAACUAUGGGGAUUCAAUGCUGCAAAAAAUGGACCUCCUGAGAAAGCAAAACAGGUUUUGUGAUGUCACGGUGUGUGUGAACGAUCUGGAGGUCCAGGGGCACAAAGUGGUCUUUGCUGCUGGAUCAUCUUUUUUGAGGGAUCAGUUCUUGCUCAGCGAUUCCAAGGAGGUUAAAAUCUCCAUCUUCCAGAGCUCCGAAGUGGGGAAGCAGUUGAUGCUGUCCUGUUACACAGGCAUUCUCGAAUUUCCAGAGCUGGAGCUUGUGAACUAUCUGACGGUGGCAAGCUUCCUCCAAAUGGGUCACAUUGUUGAGCGAUGCACCCACGCAUUGUCCAAGUUCAUCAAGCCCAGUGAUCCUUUGAAGAGUCAAGGUGUACAGAAAAUGGGUUCUUCAGAACCCCUAGAGGACCAGUCCACUGCUGCCGUGACAGUGGAAGAAGUUGAGGAAGAAGGAGAUGAAGAGGAAGAGGAAGUGAUCAUGCAGACCAGUUCUCCAAACAUCCAACAGGUAGAUGACAAUACCGAUGGGGAAGACAAUGCAAUCACAAUUGUGAAGGUUGAAUCCAUCAGUGAAACAUCUAUGGCUAACACUAAGCUUCAGAACCACUUUCCAUCAUCUGCACAAGCCCCAUUACAUACUCCUGAGCCUCAGCAUUCCCUUAUUAACUCCACAGUGGAGACCAGAAUUGGGGACAUUGUGUCACGCCAGUCACAGAGCUACAGUUCUGCUGCUAGUUCAGAUAGCAUGUUUGCUGGGAAAAACACAUUUGGGGGCCACGCAAGGACACAAGAUAAAUGUCUCCAGUGGUACCACCAGUGCCCCAAAUGCGCCAGAGUUUUUCGGCAGCUGGAAAACUACGCCAACCACCUGAAGAUGCACAAGCUGUUCAUGUGCUUGCUGUGUGGCAAGACGUUCACGCAGAAAGGCAACCUCCACAGACACAUGCGGGUUCAUGCGGGCAUUAAACCUUUCCAGUGCAAGAUCUGCGGCAAGACUUUCACGCAGAAAUGCUCUUUACAGGAUCACCUGAACCUGCACAGUGGGGACAAGCCCCACAAAUGCAACUACUGCGACAUGGUGUUCGCACACAAGCCUGUGUUACGAAAGCACCUCAAGCAGAUCCACGGGAAAAACAGUUUUGACAAUGCAAAUGAAAGGAGUAUCCAAGACGUUCCGGUGGAUUUUGAAUAUAGCAGAGUUCACAACACCGAUGCAGAAAAUGCAGACCACAGCCUUGGGAACUGAUGUGAUAUUCUAGUUUUGAGACUGAUGAUAAAGAUUUUCCAAAAGAGUUGGAUAUUUACAGUAUGUAAAAAGACUAAAACAUUUGUAACAGGAUGAGGGCUCAUUUGCAUCUGUGGUUUUAGAGUUUUAACCUCACCUCAUCUCGUCUCACCGUCAGGGAACUGGACAGAAUCUGUAACGGCAGUGUCACACAUAAUAAUGCCCGCUGCACGUGGAAAUACUGGAGUUUUAAAAAAAAAACUGUUUAAAUUUGUUAAGCAGAAAAGGUGUUUUAUUGGCGCAUUCUGUGUGUGUAAUGUAUAGAUUAUUUGAUAAGACUAGGGGUGAACUGUGAUACUUUCUUUACGUGAUCUAGCAUAUCAUAAUAGAAGUAUGUAUCGUUUGUAUCGUGAUUCAAGACCAAAUGCAAAACAUAGCUCAUUGUAGAUCACCAAAUGGUUCUUGAAUAAAGAAAGUGUGUUUUAUAGUUGAUAUAUAUGAACUCUCCCUAUCUUUAAUUUUUUAGUCUUAACAAAAUGUUCCAUCACUAAAUUGAUGAUUUUAUUAUGCCUUAUACAUAUCUUAUCAUGAGAUUAGUGAAUCACUACACCCCUGGAUAAGACUGUUUGAUUUACAAAAAGUGCUUAGUUUAUUCAUGUAUGGAUCCCUUAGACUGGUAUCAGUUGGGUCCAUGUGGAAACAGAUCAUCAUAAAUCCUCUUGUUGACACAUGUAAACAUUCUGUACAUUCCUAAUGUAGUUAGACUGUGCAAUUAAAUCUAAUGUAGGAAAGUCAUCCUGAGUUAAAUAAUUCAAACCGAAGACCCCACUUUGUUGCACUUUAUCCAGGAUGAACAUGGUGUUGUAAUAUAGGCAGUUACAUAAAGGGGGUUUACAAACAACUAGCAACGCCUGUAAUGUAAAGCAUGCUGCUGUAUCCUUCACACAGUCACACACAGUCACAUCUGGACUGCCUGUAGUGGUAAUACACCCUACUGGCAGUGUAAUGGGAGGUAGAAAUCAUGUUUUGUUUAUCCCCUAUAAGGUGCUGAGUUACUUGUAUAGGUGCUAUUGUGUUUUUGCCAGUGUUACUGAAACUUAGAAACAUUAAGUCCCCAAAUAAAUGAUAUUGUUGUCCAUGAUUGAAUGAACUGCACAUGUUUCAUUAUAGCUGCUAUUGAGUACAAAAGUUAUGAGAUGCCAAAACAUGCUUCGGUUUAAAAGUAACAACAAUAUCAAAAUGUUUUGAUGGAAAUAUGUCAGUCACUGCCUGUUGAUUGAUUGCUAUACUUCUCCUCAUGUGCAUUCAUAACAAAGACAAACACCAUACUGCUGAGCCCCCAGAACAAUGAUACUUGGACCAGAACUUCACUAGACAAGGGUCUGUAAGAUGGGAAUUUUGUUUACAAGCGACAACCAAAAAUGAAAUAUUAUACAUAAGUGGCACCUGCAUAAAAAUAAACUAAACAUUGCACACAUUUGCAUAUAUAGGAUUUUGAAAUAAAAGGGGGGAAUGUUGCAAUAGACAAGUUAAUUUCUGCAAAUAUACCCAAUGGUAGAUCCAUUAAAGAUGAAACAACUUUCAUAGUCAAUAUCAGUUGUUCAGACCCUUGUCCUUA